AUGAGUUACUCCAGCGACAUCUACAGCAGCAGCUCCUAUCGGAAGAUCUUCGGAGAUGCCCCCCGGCCCGGUCGUGUGGGUCUGGGAAGCAGCAGCAGCCCGUCCCGCCUGCACUCUGCGGGAUACCGCAGCAGCCACCGCACUUACGGCUCCCCCUCCGUGAUGUCCUCCACCACCUACCGCAGGACGGCGGCGCCCGGCCGCGUCUUCUCCUCCAUGCCGGACUCCGGGAUGGACCUGACCCAGUCCACCGCGGUAACCAACGAGCUCAAGAUCAUCCGCACCAACGAGAAGGAGCAGCUGCAGGGCCUCAACGACCGCUUCGUGUCCUUCAUUGAGAAAGUGCACAACUUGGAGCAGCAGAACAAGGUGCUGGAGGCGGAGGUGACGCUGCUGCGGCAGCGCCACAGCGAGCCCUCGCGCCUGCACGAGCUCUACGAGCAGGAGAUCCGCGAGCUGCGGGCGCGCGUGGAGGAGCUGACGCACGAGAAGAGUCAGAUGCACCUGGACUGCGUGCAGAUGAACGAGACCCUGGAGCGCGUGAGGGAGAAGCUGGAGGAGGAGAGCCGGCUGCGCGAGGAGGCGGAGAACACCCUGAAGGGCUACCGGAAGGACGUGGACGACGCCACCCUGGCGCGCCUGGAGCUGGAGAAGAAAGUGGAGUCGCUGCUGGACGAGAUCGCUUUCCUCAGGAAAGUUCAUGAGGAGGAGCUGCAGGAGCUGCAGGCAUCCCUGCAGGCCACACAGGUGUCGGUGGAGAUGGACAUGAGCAAACCGGACCUGGCUGCGGCUCUGAAGGACAUCCGGGCCCAGUAUGAGAACCUGUCGGCCAGGAACCAGGCCCAGGCCGAGGACUGGUACCGCUCCAAGUUUGCCACCGUGACCGAGGCGGCUGCCCGCAACCAGGAUGCCAUCAAGCACUCAAAGGAGGAGCUGAGCGAGUACCGCAGGCAGGUGCAGGCCCGCACCCUGGAGAUCGAGGCCCUCAGGGGCCACAAUGAGGCCCUGGAAAGGCAGAUUGCCGAGAUGGAGGAUCGUCAUAGCAAUGAAAUAGGAGAGAUGCAGGAUACCAUCCAGCAGCUGGAGGCUGCCCUGCGUACCACCAAAGGAGAAAUGUCCCGUCACCUGCGUGAAUAUCAGGACCUGCUGAAUGUCAAGAUGGCUCUGGACAUUGAGAUUGCUGCCUACAGGAAGCUGCUGGAGGGCGAAGAGUGCCGCCUCAGCUCUGUUGGCGGCGCCAUGGUCCAGUCUGGCUAUCCCGGCUUCUCCUACAUGUCAGCCCGCACCUACAGUCUCGGAGCCUACAGGAGGGCCGGAGCCAAGCCUGAAGAGGAGGAGGAGGAGGAGGAGGGAGAGGAAGAGGAGAAGGAGGAGGAAGAAGAGGAGGGAGAGGAGGGCGAGGAGGGAGAAGAGGGAGAAGAGGGAGAGGAGGGAGAGGAGGGAGAUGAUCAGGAGGAGGGUGAGGGUGAAGGUGAGGGAGAGGAGGAGGAAGAGGAGGAGGAGGAGAAGGAAGUGGAGAAGCCAAAAGAGAAGGAAGAGAAGGAGAAGAAGAAGGAGAGCCCCACU